AUGGUUCUCCGUUCAUUUGUUUCGUACUCGCAGACAUAUAAUUUGAUCUUGAAGCUGCAGCCCGGAGACCGUGCUCUAGGUGGAAGCCUCAAAUUUUGAGCGACAACUUCGAGGGAAAACUUUACAUGAAAUUUACACGGAAUUAUAAGGAAUAUUCGAAGAAAAAGUCAUCUUAUAACUAAAUUCCAGAGGACACCAAAAAUCUAUCUAUGUCUGGCUUUACAGAGCUUAUCGAUGUUGAAAAUGGCAGUUUCGUCAGCCACUUUAUGUGGCUACAUUUUUCUUCUGUGGCGCAUCCUAACUAUACGAAAAUCGAUGCCAACGAUCCAAGGUCAACAAAAAAAUCAUAUCAGUAUUGUUCUGUUUUCGUUAAAUCGCAAACCGCUACUCCCUGAAGUCAUUUCAUGACAUCAUUCGUAACACAAGAAAUAAGCGUAAUCGAAAUAUUUGGCUAUAUAUUCAUUUUAUUCACGUGAACAUGAUGCAGCAGAUUAUUAUUAUCUCAUUUCAUCACGUCGACUAGUCGGUCUCAUUGCCGCUCUCGCAUGGGAAUAUUCCGACGCCCGUCAGCCCAGGACAAGCUGCGCGCCGUACUGUUCCAACAUGGUGAAGCAGUUUAUUCGCUGGUACUACCAACGGGCCCACAUUAUUUCUCAACUGUCACGCCGGGACUUAUUGGACAACGAUUGUGGACCGAAACCCGCGCCGACGACUAACUCUUCGAUUAUACCAUGA